AUGUUCACUACAGCAAAGGAUGCGUACAGGGUGCAUAUUCUGCAGUGUGAGAUGGAAUCAAUAAGGAAGUGUUCUUUUGUCUGCUUUGUGUGGAUGCUUCUGUUAUUUCCCUCAGCCAUAAAAACACAGAAUUGCACUGAAUUGAAUACAACACAGACGGUUCAUCUGGGAAUGUCAAUCACAGUCAAGUAUCAUUACAGCACAAACAGCAGUCUACAUUCUGUUGUAUAUUUCAGAAGAAAACAUUUACUGUGUCACUACAUCUUCCAAAAUACAUCCUGGACUAAAGCAUCAUGUGAAAGCCAUAUCAAAUUUAUUUGGAUUCAAGAAACAGAGGAAAUAGCAUUUGAGCUGUUAAAUCUUCAAAUAAGUAAUUCUGGCAUUUACACAUUAACUGUGGAAGAGUAUGCACCACCUCCUGCAAGAUGUGUGAUAGAGAAGAGGAUAUUCAUUCAUGUCAUAGCAUCUCCGUCUGUGACUGUGUCAUGUGUGAAGGGGCCUGACGGCGCUCCCACAGUGGUUUGCACUUCUGAAAGCUUUUACCCUGAUGAUCUGGAGCAGGUCUGGUUGAGAGAUGGCGAAAAAAAUAUCAGUUACUCGAACACUUCACAUACAUUUGUAUAUGAAGGAAAUCGGAACACCUCUGACCGGAACUUCAGGAAAAACACAGACGGGUCUUACAACCUCACGUCAUACCUUCACCUGGCAUCACCCACAGCACAGAAAGUGAUGUACUGCUGCUGGGUUAAUCACUCAACCCUGAGUCAACCCAUCACGGUUAACAUAUCCUCUACUGAGUGCACUGAGAGAGAAAAGGCAUUAGCAGGUUUGUUUUCAGCAGUUGCUGGUAGCAGUUGUGGUGUGAUGGCUGGCAUAGGACUAAUACUUUGCAGUUAUCAAUGUCUCAGAAGAAGACGUAAUUUACAGUCUCCAGUAGGAGCUUCUCCAUUGCCUGAGCUUGUGUACCAUUCUGCAGCGCAGACCCAGGUGUACUCAACACUGGGAAACCAUCGGCCUGUUCCAUGUAAGAUCAACGGCAGCCGCGCCACAUCUCCCUCUCUAUGACACACUAAAAAAAACACAUUUGACUUCUGUACUGAAUAAAAGCAAUCAUAUCUGCAUACUGUAUUUGCAUGUAUUGUUAUGUAUAAACUAACUGGUAUUAGAGACACUUGAAUAUAGUCUGAAUUAACUUCAAAUGUUUUCAUUCCCUUGAAUAUUCUCAUCAAACUGGCACAGUAACACCCUCUUUGGCAGAUAUCACAGUGUACAAACACUUUUUCAGCUGGCUAAAAUCUUUCUAUUCUUUUUUUUUUUUUUAAUUUUCACUCACUGCUCUUUGCAGAAUGUUUCUAGUUCUGAGAUAUUCUUGAGCCUAUUGAUGCACUGUUUGUUUAAGAUCUAUGCACAGAUUUCCGGUGUUUAAGUGAGGGGACGGUGAGGACCAUUCCAAGAGCUUUAUCUUGCCUUUGUUAAAGUUGUUCACAGUGGAUUUUGAAAUACAUUUUGUUGUAGAAGCCAGCCUAUUUUUAGCUUCAGUUUCUUGACUGACCAUGUCACAUUUGCUUUCAGAAUUUGCCGAUAUUUACUAAAAUCCGUUCUUCCAUGUACAUACAUAAAUAUACCUUGGUGA